AUGAGCUACAAGGUCAGUGACUAUGUCGAGAGCAUACCGGACAAAAGCGACAACCCUCUCAAGUGGGCUACCAAGCCUCACUUUCCCAAGCCGGUUCCCGUUGAGGUUGUGAACACCAUCCUCUCCUUCCUUCCCAGGACCUCCCUCUCCCACUGUUCGGGUGUCAACAAAGCAUGGUAUCUCCUCGCCAAACCCCGCCUGUUUUCCCACGUCAAGCUCGACUCCAACCUCCACAUCGUCGGGGCCCGUCACCCGACCAUCGACCUCAACGUGGGCUCGCGGCCGCUUUUCCGCCGAGUGUGGAUGACCAAGUACUGUACCCACCUCACCAUUGGGAAGCACACACGCUCGUCUCACCUGUGUGGCCAUUUCGUCCCUCACCCCUCCCCACUCCCAGAGGACCACAUCGCCCCAAAGCCACUCGAGCUGGGCGAGGGCUGCGCCAUGAGCACCUUGCCUGUCCUCCCUGACCUGGAGACCGUCAUCAUACCGAACGAUCCCCACUUGGGUCUCACAGCUCCACAGGCUGGCGAGAACCCGUGCGGCUUCCACAUUCUGCAAGGUUUCCGCCACCUCGUCGUCAGUGACGUCUCAACGUCACUUCUGUCAACCGUUUCCACCUCAUUUCCCCCCCGAACCGCUCGGGAGCUCACCCUCCUCGUGACGCCCCGGUGGAGCCACGAAACGGAACCCAAUCCCGUCAAGACGUGGUUCCCUUUACUCCGCCAGCUGUCACGAGACGGCACGGUGACCUACGUCCACUCGAGCAACAGUUUCACCCCAGAUCCAGCCCUACUUCACCCUCCUCUCACUCCCAACCGGGACACUACAGGGGGCGUUCCCCAAGGCAACAGACAGUAUGGUCCGUUUUGGGAUGCUGUGGUCUUAGGGUUCGCCAGAUGUGUGCGUCCACAUUCGCCACCUGUGCGUUUCGUGGGGUUCGAGGACCUCGGGAUAGCCAACGAGCAGGCUUCUCUGCAGGUGUACUUAAACUGGAGUGUGCACCAGAUGAUCAAGAUCUAUGCGAAGCGCAUCGCCGACCCGAUUCCCAGCCACAUUCUCAGACUCGUGGGAAAGAGCAAGGCGGACACCUGUUCCGCCAUGUCCCGUAGCGAGUGGGCUGCUUCUCCUAGUGGUCUUGCCGCUUUGGCUGCUACUGAAAACAAAGCGUUGGAAUGA